GAAAACUGCAAUUUUGAUUGUUCUUUUAGCAUCUCUUGACUGUCUUGUAAAUUAAUCCUGAAUGAUAACAGCCUUACAGAUAUGAUGGCACCCGUAACUCAGAGAGUGAUUGCGAUGUUGCUAUGCACUCUCAGUCAGUGCAGUGCAGCUGGAACAGUCAGCUUUAGCAGUGGCAGUGCAUCUCAGACAGUAAUGGAGGGAGGCAGUUUGUCAGUGUGUGUGAUGGCGAUACUGGACUCUGGAGAUAGUGUAGAGAUGGGACUAUCAGUCACUCCAGCAAGAGGACUUGAUGUUUCUACAAACACAUUGCAUCUGACUGACACCACUACUACUGAUUGCUGGAUGGUUACUGCUACGGAUGAUGCCAUCUAUGAAGCUGAUAGUCAGAUAUUUACACUGAAUCUUGCUCUUGUGAACCCCACUUCGUCAGAUAUUGUGUUGACAGAUCCAAGUACUGCAACUAUCACAGUAAUGGAUAAUGAAGGAGCUGUAGUAUCGCUAGUGAACCCAACUAUAGUGCAGAAUGAAGGAGAUGGUGAUGUCUCAGUGUGUGCUAGACUAGACUCUCCAGCAGGAGGGGCAGAGAGGGAGAUAUUUAUAGCACUCAAUAAUAAUGACUUCACCUUCCCCUCCAAUUCUCGUGUGGGGGCUACCCAGUGUCUGACUAUCCCAGUUACCAAUGACAAUGUGUACCAAACAAGUCCAGUGUUGAUGGAGACUGUUACUCUCAGUAAAAGUUUAGUGGUUACCAAUCAAGGAAGAUUAGAUUUGACAAACACAGUGGCAAUGGUGACUAUCAACGAUAAUGAUGAUGCUGUUGUCUCCAUGGACACUCCUACCAUAACAACUACCGAGGGUGGUGUGGUUGGUGUGUGUGCUAAUCUGGUCAGUCCAUCUGGUGGAACAAGUGUACCCAUCACUGUUGUGUUUACUUGGAAUAAUGGAGGAUCAAACUCUGCAACCUUCUCGGCUAACUCAAACGCAAACACUCUGACAUGUAUACAACUGACAGUGGCAGAUGAUGAUAUAUACGGGAUGUCUCCAAUACCAGUGUACACUGUUGUGUUGAGCAUUUCAAGCCCCAACUCAAGAGUGUCUAUUGGAGGGAUUGGUGAAACCACAAUAACAGUCAGCGAUGAUGAUGAUGCUGUUGUCUCCAUGGUCACUCCUCCCAUGACAACUACUGAGGGUGCUGUGGUUGAGGUGUGUGCUAAUCUGGUCAGUCCAUUUGGUGGAACAAGUGUACCCAUCACUGUUGUGUUUACUUGGAGUGGAGGAUCGGACUCUGCAACCUUCUCGGCUAACUCAAACCCAAACACUCAGGCGUGUAUACAACUGACAGUGGCAGAUGAUGAUAUAUAUGGAACGUCUCCAAUACCAGUGUACACUGUUGUGUUGAGCAGUUUCAACUCAAGAGUGACUGUUGGAAGAAAUAGUCAAACAACAAUAACAGUCAGGGAUGAUGAUGACAUCUCGGAAGCAACCAUCAAUAUCAUCAACGAUGAUGGCGUGGUUUGUGAAGCUGAACGUGAUUCUGUAUGGGGGCUUGUCUUCCCUGCCACUGUGGCUGGCUUUUCUUAUUCCCAGCAAUGCCCACAAAAUGGAAAUGGAACAACUUUAGGGACUGUGACUCGUUUCUGUACACUGGGUGGUGUCUGGGAAGCAGUGAAUAUUGAUAACUGCACUAGGGAAGUAAUCAGCUCACUUAAUGACAGGGCAAAUGAACUAUUUUCUAGAAAUGCAUCUCAGAAAAAUGCAUCUCAAAAUGAAGUUGACAACCUUCUUGUUUCUCUUGCGAAGGCUACUAGUGUAAAUGCAACAGGAGACUCCACCAUAUUUCCCAAAGAUCUCAGCACUACUAAUACGAUCGUCAAGUCAAGUGUGAAUUACCUCGUUCAAAACAUUGAGACCGCUAGUCCCAUGUCUUCUCUUAAUUUCAGUGAAGAAGUUAUGAACGUUCUCAACAAUGUUCUGGAAGAGAGGAAUACAGAAGGAUGGGAAAGAUUACAAGUGGAUUCUGCUGCUGAGAGUCAGCAAUUGCUGUUGAGUGCAGAGUUAUAUGGUCAGUAUGUGUCAUUGGCACUGAGGAGUGAAGCUGUGGAUACAGGCAACAUGACGGAGAUCACACUUGUGAGACAGAACAUCGUGCUAGCUGCAAUUGAAGUUGACACCACUAGUCUGGAUAACAUUAUCUUUCCUGAAGUUGUCGAAGUCAGUGAAGAAACAGGCUCAGCCCAAACUGUGAUACCAGCUGCUCUUCUUAUGGAGAGAGGCGCUCUAGAUGGGAAUGUUACAGCAGUCAACAUUCUAUUUUCCAACUUGGAGGAUUUUCUUCCAAAAACCAAUCUUGAAAUGAACACGACCAGACCAGUAUCACAGGUUAUUUCUAGUCAAGUCUUCUCCAAUGUGAAGUUAACUAACUCUCAGGCACAGGCAACCUUCAGAUUCACCACCCAAAAGUUCCCUGCAGAUGAAGUAGCCGAAAAUGCAAGAUGUGUAUUUUGGAGUGUUUCUAGUGAUGCGGCCAACAGCACGUGGUCCACGGAAGGUGUGAUUACAGUCAGUGUGGAUGAAGACGAGCAAAUGAGAGUAUAUAAUAUCGUGUGUGAGAGCAGUCAUUUCACAGCAUUUGCUGUUCUAGUGGAUGUCACUGGAGCACUGAAUGACACAACUCCAGAGAUCAGCUUUGCUCUAUCGGUGGUGACUUAUGUUGGUUGUUCCAUCUCCAUCUUCUUUCUUCUGUUGUCUAUCUUCUAUUUCUUGACAUUGAGAAAAGAGCUGCUGACCAAGGUUCAUAACUUCAUUCAUCUCAACCUGUCUAUUUCUUUGCUCCUUGGUUACGUGGUGUUCCUGUCAGGAGUAGAGACAGCUGUGGCCAACAAGGGAGCGUGUGUGUUUGUGGCUGCUCUCCUUCACUACCUGUUCACUACUGUGUGCUUUUGGAUGCUGUGUGAGGGAAUCAUGCUCUAUCUCAAGCUGGUGCUUGUCUUCAACCGAAUAUCCAAGAAAUGGUGGAUAUUCUUUAUUAUUGGAUGGGUUGUUCCAGUGAUACCAGUGGCUAUAUCUGCUGGACUGAUUCAUGACCAGUAUGGCACAGAAGAAUAUUGUUGGAUUGCUGUUGGUGCCGGUGAUAAAGGAGCCAUAUGGGCAUUUGUUGUACCAAUGCUACUAGUUGUUCUGGUGAAUAUAUUCUUCCUCUUGGCUGCUUUGCGCAGUGUCUAUAAUCUGAGAAAAUCAACCAUGCAACGAAGUGAGAAAAAGGAAUCUUUAAAGUUAUUCUCACAACUCUUCAAGGCCACUGUAAUUCUCCUUCCAUUGCUCGGACUGACUUGGGUGUUUGGUCUACUCUCAGUCAACAGCAGCACUAUUGUGUUUGCAUGGUUGUUCUCUAUCUUUAACUCACUGCAAGGCUUGUUUGUGUUCAUCUUCCAUGUGCUCAGGAGUGAAAAGGUCACAAACUUCCUAAAGCAGUGCAGAAAGAGAAUGGAUAGCGUUGUAUCAACUUCUGCCUCAGGAAAAAACAAUCUGAGCAAGAAUCCGACGAAUGGUGUUCAGCUCAAGCCAAGUCACUCUAGAUUCAACAAACACGAUCAUAGUACCAUGCAAGAUGAAGCCAUUAAAGUCGAUGAGACUGCAUCUGAAUUCGGCUCAGAGAAGUCGUACAUUGCUGGAUUGCUUGAAAAUGAUAAAAAGUGGCACGAGAAAAUCACCUUUGAUUGGAUAAAAGAUUUUUCACGCUCACAGGAAAGCCUUGAAACAAGGCUACUAUCAUAAUUAUAUUACAGCCAUUAUUAUAUACAUCCAUUAAUUUUACUGUUGCAUGUAUAGUUAUGUAUUAUUUUGUUGCCAACUCCAUUUACUUUUAUCUCUUCUAGUAUAUAGUGACUACCAUGAGUGUCCCAGUGUUACAUGCUUAUGUAUAUCAGUGUACCUUAGCCCACAUUAUACACUACACUCACUGUCGUGUGACGAUAGUCCACUUGCAUUUUCCAACAUUUACAAUAAUUAUAAAUGUUAAUUUGUGGUAGUUAAUCUGUUCCCAAAGGCCAUGGCUAUACAUGUAUACUGAUUCAGUUCAUCAUAUAUUAAUUUGU